UACAGUUUUGAUAAUAUCACCAAUGGUGAAGAACGUUAUAAGAAUUUGGAACGAAGUAAACAGAUAUUUAUUUUAUUAACGUAAAGAUAAAUGAGAAUGGCUGAAGAGUUACAGCAAGCUAGAAUGAGCCAGAAACCAAAUAAAAGGAAGUACUUGCUCCUAGUAGACUAUUGUGCCAGAAAUCCAACAUCAGAGUUUGCACGUAGAAAUGUAAGCAAUGGGGAUAAAGGAACAGGGACAGACAAUGAAGUGUAUCUGCCUCAAGGUACAAUUUUUGAAGAAUUAAACUCGCAUGAAGUAAAAGAUGGUGCAUCUCGACAUAGACUUUUUUUGAAGUCUGUUGACCAUGAUGGUAUUACAGUUAGCUGUAUCCCAUCUGAAGUAGAAGAAUUAACAUUACAAGAAGCUGACUUUCUUCUUCCCAUAUUUCCUUCUCAAGAUAGAACUAAAGUUUAUUUUGACAAUCGGUGGUUAAGUGAGGCUUUGUUGAUAACAGUGGGCUCCAAGGUUGCUGUACAACUCAGUGAUGGUAGUGAUCCAGUGUUAGGAGUUGUGCAGUAUCGAGGCUGUGUAAGUGAAUUAGGACCAGGAACCAUAUUUGGAGUGGAGCUUUUGGAACAUCCUGAUAGAGGUUUAUGUGAUGGUACGGUAAAAGGAAAAUGCUAUUUUCACUGUCAUGGACAGAGUGGUGUAUUUCUUCCCAUCAGUCGGCUUCGUCUUUUUUUACACAGCCAUAAACACACCAGAUCAAGGGAACUGAAAGAACUUGUAAAUUCACGACAGCAUAUCUCCACAUCUACCACUGGUUCUGAAAUACAUGUGCACUCAUCCACAAGUAAGCCUGAUCCUGUUCCAUUAGAAGUUGUUUGUGCUGAUGGUACACCUCCACCUCCACUUCAACUUAAUAACCGUGUAGUGUGGAUUAGUGACUCUGGACCAGAGUAUGGCUGGGUGCGCUGGCUUGGCAAGCUUCCUGAUGUUGGUUCAGAUUGGAUGGUAGGAGUGGAGUUUGAUAACCCAAUUGGAACGGGCACUGGAAAGUACAAUGAUCAUGAAUUGUUUCAUACUAAGCUCAGUCAUGCUUCAUUAGUUCCCAUCAUUGGACUAAUGAAAGCUGAAGACUUCUUAGUGGACAGUAAUUCAGACCAAAAACCAAAUGAAGAUAAUGCCAAGAUCUUACAAACAACAGGUGUUCAAAGUGGUGUUAUUUUGAAAAACGAGUCACCUAUUGUCUCCGGAGAGAAUUUCAACACAGGAGCGAGGGCAAAAUCAAAAUCUUUUUCAUCUCAGCAAGCUAAUGAAUGCCCUGUCACAUCAUGCAGCAACACAUCCACAUACUUCCCAGCAUCACCAGGGGAAAAAAGAAAUAAAUCUUGUGGAACAGUGAAUAAAGCUAAACCUCUGGAAAAAACAAAGGAAUUGUCUAGACAGAGUAGUUUUGGUGAUAGAUCUAAUGUGACCAUCUCAGGACUUAAAGGUGCCAAGACUAACAGCCCUUCUUCUAGAAGGAAAGAUCUUAAACUGUUAAGUAGCAUGUAUAGUCCUGAAAGUGAACAACCUAACAGUUUUUACCAUGUGGUUCCUGAUGAAUGUACACCUGGAGUAUACAGUAGCUCAUCUUCCGUCAAUCCUCUCUAUGAGAUGUUAAGUGAAAAAGGUAGUGGAUAUCAAAAUGGACAUAUCAGCUGUGAAGAGGUCAUGGUACACAACAAGAAAGUGGAGAAACAUACGUCAAGAAACAAUGUUUACUGCACAUGUAACAUUCAAGAAGAACAUUUGCAUGAACAUGAUAAAAGUACUGUACAAAGUAACAACUCGUCAGACUUAGAAAUUGGUUCUGCUGUAGAAGUCUUGGUGAAUGGGGUACCUCGAUAUGGAAUCAUUCGAUGGAUAGGGAUUGUCUCAGAGCAACAGGAUAGUAGAAAACUGGUAGCAGGAAUAGAAAUGGAAGAAGAAGGAUUGGGGUGUACAGAUGGUACCUUCAACAGGCAACGUUACUUUACUUGUCCACCAAACAAAGCUUUCUUUGUGUUCCUGAACCAGUGUAGAAAAGACGGUCGGUUUAUUGAGUCUGAAAGAACUGCAGCUUUUGGAAGUAUAGAGUGUCCAUCAAUAAUUGAAGACGUGCCACCAUUAUCAAGUCCAGAAGAGUUAAAAAUGAUGUGUGGGAAGAACCAUGGCAUUCAAGGACACCACAACUCAUGCUACCUAGAUGCUACAUUAUUUGCUAUGUUUUCUUGUACAAGUAUUUUUGACUCACUACUACACCGACCUCCAAAGCCAACUGAUAUUGCUGAAUACUCACAAGUACAAAGGGUGCUAAAGGAAAAAAUUGUGAACCCACUUCGAGCGAAUUGGUACGUUCGAGCUGAUAGAGUAAUGCACCUUCGAAAACUGUUGGAAGAACUGGGAUCAGUAAGAGGGUUAACCUCAGAGGAAAAAGAUCCAGAAGAAUUCUUGAAUUCUCUUCUUCAGCAGAUCCUAAAAGCUGAACCAUUCCUUAAGCUGAGCUCAGGCCAAGAGAGCUUCUUCUACCAAUUGUUUGUUGAAAAAGAUGAAAACUUAGUCCUGCCAAGUGUUCAACAGUUAUUUGAUCAGUCUUUUCUUACUUCUGACAUCAAGCUACAAGAGGUUCCUCCAUGUCUAUUAAUCCAAAUGCCAAGAUUUGGAAAACAGUUCAAGAUGUAUCCAAGAAUAAUCCCAAGUCAGUAUCUGGAUAUUACAGACAUUUUGGCUGAUUCACCCAGAGAAUGCAGCAUUUGUGGUCAUCUGGCAGAAUUUGAGUGUAAAGAUUGCUUUGGUCAGUUUGGAGAAGGUCUUUACAGUGUGGCCUUCUGCCAGAAAUGUAUAGAAAAGUGUCAUGGCAAUAAAAAGCGUUCUCGUCAUAAAACCACUAAGCUCAACAUUCCCCCAGAAUAUAAUAUGUUAAAAGACCAUAACCACGUCCCUCGAAUCUACAUGGAAUUGUUUGCUGUAGUUUGUAUUGAGAUGAGCCAUUAUGUCUGCUUUGCUAAGUGUGGCAGUGGACCUGAUGCCCCAUGGUGCUUUUUUGACAGCAUGGCUGAUCGUAAAGGUGAGCAAAAUGGCUACAACAUACCAGAAGUUGUUCCCUUCCCUGACCUUCGAUGGUGGUUGUCUGAAGAAGGAAUGGAGUUCUUAAUGUCCAACAAAGAUGAUAAAUGUCUCCCAGAAAUUGCUCGACGCUUGUUAUGUGAUGCUUACAUGUGUAUGUACCAGAGUCCCGAUGUCAUGAUGUAUCGAUAAUAAUGUUUUUGUUGUUUCUUUUCCUUUUGUCUACUGGGAAAGCACAAGUUAUUGUUGUUUUGAACUGAUAAGUUCAUCAGUUCUUUUCCUUCCAUGCAUAUGAUGGUUUCAACUAACAGGAAGUUAUUCAUGCAGGUCUUAUUUAUGUUGUUUGUAGAAUGAAAAAAAAAAAAACACAUUCCUGAAACCCCUCUGAAACUGAGUUGUUUUCUAUAGUUGUAGUAAGUUUUAGAGGUAUUACCUUAUCUGCUAUUGUUAAUAACUAUAGAUGCUACAGUUGUAUUUUUAAUUAAAAUAUUUUCACCACAAGUUUAAUUAGUUAUUAUAUGGAGUAUUUUAGAGAUGUAUAUAUCUUUGCAGGAUAAUAUAUAGUGUAAAGAAAGUAUUUAUUGCUGUCCCUGUAAAUUAGCCAUAUUCAGAGUUAAAUGUAAAUUACCUUUCUGAGAUAGAAUUAUAUGCUUAAAGUUCUGCAUGCUCUGCUAACUGACAAAAAAAUCACAUGUUCUUUAAAAGCCAUCAUAUAAAUUUUUAUUUGAGAUCCUACUCCUUAAGUUACUGUUUGCAAUAUACCAGACUACAAACUAUGAUAUUUUUGGGUAUACUAAAACAUUAAUAAUAUAUGAACAUUAUUAGGCACCAUAUAUAAAUACUUAUAUAAUGUACACCAUCCAUUAGAUUUUAUAAGUUCUUGCUGGGCACAUUUGAGGCCAAGAGGAAAUCCAGCAAAACCAAACAAUGAAAUAUGUACAUAAAUGGUUUUCAAGCAAUUCAUAUAAAUUCUUGAUAUUUCAGUUAAUAUUUUUAAGUUUUAAAGAGAGCUCAUUGAGAGUAAUCUUCACUCACAUAUGUUCAAUGGGUUUUGUUUUUCUGUGUUUUAAUUUUUUUCGGUGCUAUUAUUGCCAAGUCUUGUUUGUACCAGUACAUUAAUUUUAUGGUGCCACCAAAAGGAAGAAGGUCAUUUUGUUAAAAAAAAGAACACUUUGUUAAUAUGUUAUUACUCAUUUGUUGCAUAAAUAUAUAUAUCGGAUAAAUUUGAAUCAGUAGUCGUGAGCUCGUCUUUUUUUUUUUGGCAUGUCAAAAGACAAGUAAUUUUUCUACUUUUUACAAUACAUCAUUUGCCAGUAAGAUAGUUCUCUGUGAAGACUGAUAUUUUCAGAAAAGGAACUCUCAAAGUAAUGAAAACCAAAAUUAGCUUGUUCUGUUUAAGGUAAGCAAACCUUGAUUCAGUACUCAAUAGUGACUUAAAUUGUGCAAAAACAGCCUUGUUACAAUUUUAAGCCAUAAGAAUGUGUUGUCAUCUAAUGCUGAAUACCACAUAUACAUUACUUUAUUUGAGAAAUUGUUCUAAAUACACAUGAAACAGCCCUUCCAAAAAUUUCUUUCCACUUUUUUGUUAUUGUUUUAUUGUAAUUAUUUAGGUCCUGAUUAAUUUGAUGUUUUCUUCAUUUUCAUUACUUUGGAAAACAAUGAAACUUCUUGAAAGAACAUUAUAUAAUCUGCAGAUAAAAGAAGUCUUCAAGUGGAAAGUUUAAUGAUUAUAUAUGUAACAUUGUUUGUCAUCUGUUUUAAAUAAUGGUGAAAUCUCUGACAAAAUGGUAAUGAUAAUUGUUUGAAAGAAGUAAUAGUAAAGAGUAAAGGUAAACAACAACAUCACAUUAUUAAAUAUUUCCCCAAAAUUUAUUCAUUGUUUUUAACUACAGAAUUGAUAAAAUACAUUCUUGUUCCUUGAUGGUUUGAUUUAUAUAUUAUGCGCAUGAACUUCAGUUAUGUACAUAACACAUAUGUAUUUCAACAUCUACACAAUGGGAUGGUUAGGGUACUUGACUCAUAAUUUGCAGGUUGCAGGAUCAAAACCUGUCAUCGAACAUGCAUACUCUUUCACCUGUAGAGGUGUUACAAUGUAAUGAUCAAUCCCACUAUUUAUUGGUAAAAGAGUACCCCAAAAGUUGGUGGUAUUGACUAGUUACCAGUUUCUUUUAAUCUGUCACUUCAGAGUUGGGGAUGGCUAGCACAGAUAGCUCUUGAGUAGCCUUGCAUGAAAUUCAAAUAAAAAACAAACACAUCUAUACAAUAUAAUGAAUAAAUAUAUAUAUAUAUAUAUAUUAAAAGUUGUGAAUUGUUUUUGUUUAAAAGUAUCAACUUCAGUUAAUAACUUUGUAGGUGAAUUAUUUAAUAGAAACUACCAACAACUUCAUUGAAUUCUACAUUUAUGUAAAUUUUGGCUAGUUCUUCACAUACUUUUAGUUUAUAAAAA